AUGGAAGAACCAGAACCACCUUGGUUCACUCUGCAGACGGUCCCGGACUCCGUGUUCGAGAAGCCUUGUGAUCCUGAGAAGAUUAAAAUCGACAAUAUUUUUUCUGAGUUUUCUUUGUCCAAUGUAGGCCACGAUAAAGCGUUGAAACAACGCAUCAGCCAGUGGAUGAUGAAAGAAGGGCGACCCGCUGCAAUUGCAAGUGCGAGCCACCAAAAUGAAAGGGAAUGA